AUGGCGAUUAUAGUUAUUUCACUUCCACCUGUUCCAAAUUCAGCUCAUUUUUUGCCCAACAUAUCAUCAAUCCUUUCAUGGUUACUCCCGAACUCCACAAAAAAAGGGAAAAAGUUACCCUCAAACAUCAUUGACGACUUUGAUGAUUCACUGGAAUCGGCCACUAAGACCUACAAGAGAAACUUCAAUCUUCAACCCACUGGUUAACUCGAUAGUCAAACCAUUCAAUAAAUUUUACAGCCUAGUUGUGUUACUUUCUUGGCACUUCAUUGGCCGUUAAACAGGCGAGAUCUGACAUAUAGAUUUCCACUACAAAACCAAUUGGCUGAUGAUGUGAAGCAAGUUUUGGUGAAAACCUUUGAGAAGUGGUUACAAGAUCGGGUUCUUCUUUGGAGGCCACGACAAUUGAGAGCAUUUGAUGGAGUUCUAGUAACGUUAGCACACGCCUUCUUAUUGCCUAGAGGACGAUUUCAUUUGAACAGUGACGAGAACUGGAGUAAAGAUUCAUGGAAAGAGUUUUGGGGACGGACUUCAAAAGAUGAGUUUGCAGUUGAGGAAUGUUGCCCCACCUUUAAGCUUAUACUUAUAGACAUAUUGGGCACUGAAAGAGGGAUGUGGGUUGAAAGGAUAUACGGGGAUAUUCAAAAGCGCAUAGAUAGUGGGAGAAAUUGUACUCAUGGGUAUUAUGACAGAAAGGCAAACAGAGGAGCUAGAGAAAGGUACAAAGGGGAAAAUUUCAAUGGAUGUUCAGAUCCAGCAUUGGAGAAAAGAAGUCCUGGGAGAUCCAUGUUAGCAGCUCCAAAUGUUGACACCUGGCUGCUCAAGAAUGGAGAUGGUGGUUGGAAAUAA